ACCUGCCUCAAAAAGACAAAAAAAGGCUCAGUCGCUCUGCCCCUGCCAUAGGUGUCCCUGGACUUUAGAGCCAGAGCCUCGGCCACUUCCGCUCCCGAGCGCUCCCCGACCUGGAAGCGGAAGUGCCCGGCCGGGGGCAGUGGCCUCCCUGAGUGCCUACCGGUGCUCUGUGCGGGGAGUGUCUGCGGCCCGUUCGCAGAUGGGGGGAGGGGCUCAGCUCAAACCCAAAGAUCUGGCUUCUGUGCAGGAUGGUUUGGAAGACACACCGUCUAGUGAUGUGCAGAUGGGUCUGAAGGCAGCUAUGCAGAAUCAGAGGAUGGAGACCCAGGUGUCUGCAUUGCAUUGCCCCAACCCAUGGGUGGCCAGGGAUUUCGCUCUGCCUUCUCAGAACCCCACCUGGUUCCAAGAAGAUGGCACAGACGAAGAAGCCAUAGUUCCUGGGAUGUUGACCAUCACCCUUCCCCAGGAACCAGUCACCUUUGGCGAUGUGGCUGUAGUGUUCAGCCCAGAAGGAUGGGUAUUUCUGGACUCUGCUCAAAGAAGCUUGUACAGAGAUGUGAUGGUGGAGAACUACAGGAACCUGGCCUCUGUGGGUCAGCUAUGUAAACCUAGCACAUUGUUUCAUCUGGAGCAAAAAGAAGAACUGUGUACCAUCAAGAGAGGAAUCUCUCAGUUGUACUACCAAGCAGGAGAAACCUCAGCUUGGUGAAGAGCUCUACAAAUGUAAUGACCUGAAGGAGUCUUUUAAUAACAUCAAACCAUGCUUUCAGUACCAGAAAAUUAAUCCUGAAGAGACCCUCUAUGCACGUCAAAGGCAUAGAAAAUCCCUCCAGAAUGCUAAGCUAAUUGUACCUGAAGAAAUCCAGACCAUGGACAAAACUUAUCCAUGUGGCACAUGUAGAAAAUCCUUCAGAUACUGCUCAGACCUCAGGCAUGUGAAGACUCACACCACAGAGAAGUUUUUCAAGUGCCAAGAGUGUGGGCAGACCUUCAAAUAUUCUUCCAAUGUGCAGAGGCACACGAGGACUCACACUGGGGAGAAACCCUUUGGAUGCAGUCAGUGUGGGAAAACCUUUACCAGGAAUUUUAACCUGGUUUUGCACCAGAGAAACCACACAGGAGAGAAGCCAUAUGUGUGCAAGGACUGUGGGAAAACAUUCAACCAGGCUUCAUCUCUAAGGAGCCACAUGAGAACUCAUACUGGAGAGAGAAGCCGUUUGAAUGCAGCCAAUGUGGAAAAGCUUUCAGGGAACAUUCAUCACUGAAGAUAUACUUGCGAACCCACACCAAAGAAAAACCAUAUGAAUGCAUUCAGUGUGGGAAGCCUUUCCGGACAAGCACCCACCUGAAUGUGCACAAGAGGAUACACACGGGGAAGAAGCUGUAAGAGUGCUGGUCAGGUCUUGAGUCAACUCUCAACCCUGAAAAGUCACAUGCGAACUCCCACUGGAGAGAAGCCAUAUGCAUGUCAGGAAUGUGGGCGAGCCUUCAGUGAGCCCUCAUCCCUUAGGAAACAUAUGAGGACUCACAGUGGCAAGAGACCCUUUGAAUGCCAGAGGUGUGGACGUACUUUUGAUCGAUCUUCACAUCUUAUUGUCCAUCUGCGAACUCACACAGCAGAGAGACCCUACCCAUGUAAUCAGUGUGAGAAAGCAUUUAGGCAUAGCUCGUCACUCUCUGUGCACAAAAAGAUCCACUCCGAGAGAAAGAAUGUUAGAAAUGGUGGUCUGACUUUAUCACUGUCCCAUUCCUAUGGUAGACCUCUUUGUAGUUAACUUCUAGUUUGUAAAAACUGUAGCAUGUUGGGUUACCAUUGUCUCUUGUAGUAGUUGUUCAUCUGCAUCUUUGUGUUGUUUUUUGAAAUACAUUUUCCUUUCUCUGUUAUGGAUUGUGGAUUCAAAUAACUACAUAUUGAAAAUAUUAAGAAAAUUAAAUCUGUAUUGAAUACAUAUGUACAUUCUCCCUUAUUCCCUAAGCAAUAUGCACUAUAACAACUUUAUGUAAUACUCAACUUUAUACUGUAUUAGAUAUCAUAAGUCAUCUAGAGACGACUUAAAGUAUGUAGUAGGGUAUGUGUGGGUUUUAUGCAAAUAUGGUGUCAUUUUAUAAAACGGACUCCAAUGUCCAUGGAUUUUGUUUCUGUGGUGUAUGUGAGGGGAGUCCUGGAACGGGUUUCUCUGACUACAGAGGGAUGGCUGUAUGUUUUUCUUUUGGUUUAAUUAUAAUAUAUCUGAACUUCCAUUAUCACCUUGACUCACAAGUUAUUUGGAAUUAGGUUUUAAACCACCAGUUUAUGGAUAAAUUUUCAUACACAUUUUGUAGCAUUAUUAUAAUGACUUAUAGCAAACUGUAUAUACCUUAAAGUGUAGAGUUGAAUGACUUUGACAUACACACACAUAUAUGUGACCACCACCCCAUUACAGACUUAGAAUAUUUAGAAUGUUUUUUUUCUAUUGCUAUGGAAAGUUCUUGAAUGCUACAUGGCUCUUUCUUAGGUACCAUUUCAUUAUUGAUUUCUAAAUUAUAUAGUUAGCAGAGUAUGGUCUUUAUGCUAUUGAAUCUUAGGUAUUUGUUGAGAUUUGCUUUUAGAUAUAAUGUGCCAUAUUCUACUAGUUGGCAACUAAAGUUGCCCCUUCUGUAUAAAAGAACCUAGUUUUGUUUUUAAAGAUUAAUUAAAAAAUAAAAAUUUUUUGGUCUUUUCUUAGA